AUGGCGACCUCGAGCUCUGCGAAUCCUGAGGCACUGGGUGUCCUGUCAGACAUGGUCAACCAAACGCUUAUUGACACUGGUCGUUUCUUCCGCUCAUCGGGAUCAAUGCAAUCAAGAGCUCAGUUGAAAGCGGCGAUCCCUUCUGCAUACGAAAAUUUCCAGCUUGCGCUAGACAAUCUAUCAGAACAGAUUUUUAUCGCCAAGGCACUUUUAGAGAAAGAAUAUGAAGCUAUCAAGGCCAGGAAAGCGGCUGCACCGUCUCCAGCACCGGCCACUGUUCCCAGUGAAUCUAAGCCUGCAGAAGACGUGACAAUGGCUGAGGCUCCUACUACAGUAGACACAGCCCAGGAUGCAGCAGAAAAGCCCGGACUUUCAGAGAAUACAGAGCAAUCUGAGACGAUACCAUCCGAAGUGAAUGCAGAGACUGAUGCCAAGAUGGACGGUUCUGCACCGGCGGCGAAGAGCACUCCUGAGAGGGAAGCCGUGAAGACUGAGAAGCAAGAGGAAACGACGAAGACGGGUGAUCAGGCGCACCCAUCAACAUCAGGAGAGGAAUUGAAUUUCGAUUCCGUGCUUCCUGUCACCGGUGAUGGCGCUAAUGACUUUGACAUCCAUCUGAAUUUUGCCAACGAUGAGAUCGGGAACCAGAAUUUCCUCGCAGGGACCAAUUUUAUGGACUCCAACGCUGGCAACGUGAAUGCCGGUGGGACGAACAACAACGAACAAGCCCGGGAUCAGCAGCAGCAGCAGCAGAGCUCGAUCAACUCGCUCCUCCCGGGACUGGAGAGCUACGCCGCCAAUAAUGCGGGAGACGAUUUCAACAUUGAACUGCAAAAGUUCAACGAGGAGAUGAACCGACAGUCCAACGGGCAGAGGAACGCGGGGCAGGACGAGGUCAUGGCGCCAGGCGAGUCGAGCUUUGAUGAUCUUUUUAUGGAAAAGGACAAUUCCGGGGGCGAUGGCGACGAGAAUAUGCUGGGAGGGGACGGAUUGGUGAAUAUUGGCGACUUGGACGACUCGUGGUUUAAUUAA